AUGAUAACAAACCUUGGUGCAGCAAAUAAAUUUGAAAUCGAUUAUUUGAAUAAAUCAGAAAAUUGGUCGUAUGUUGAGCAAGCAAAAAUAUUCUACGUACCGGGAUAUUUUAUUCGAACUUGUCCCGAAGCAGUAUUCAAAUUAGCUGAACAUGCUACUACAACAAAGAAAAUAUUUGCUCUCAAUUUAUCAGCUGAAUAUAUUUGUCAGAAAUUUGGUGAUCUUCUUAUGCAGUUAUUACCUUUCGUUGAUUUCCUAUUUGGAAAUGAAAAGGUAGAAUGA